CCAGCCAUGGUUGAUCUUUCAAAAAACGACGGAGGCAGUGGAAAAGCCGGAAAAGGUGUGAGUGAUGCCAUCGAUACAGUCCUCUACUACGUUGUUGAUCUGAAAAAGCAGCAGCCGAUGGUCCAGCUGGGUGUUGGUGCUGGAUUCGGGACAGUGACUGGAUAUUUUGUCACCAAGGGAGGACGUCUUGUUGCUGCCACAGUGGGAAUCUCUUUCCUGUUGGCUCAAUUCGCUAUUCACAAAGGAUACAUCACGCUGAACGAAUCAAAAAUCGAACGAGACAUGAAAAAUCUACACAAGUCCGUCAUGAACAAAGUAUCCGGCAAGAAAGUUAUCAACAUUUCCGAUUCAUUUGUCUCCGAAUACCGGUGGAUUCUUGGCGGAUUCGCAGCUGGGAUGCUGAUUGGAUUUAGCGUCGCCUAAAUGUGGAAAAUUGUGAAGCUUCAGUUGGUUUUUAUCUACGAUCUGUACUAUUUAUAAUCGAGUUGCUCGAUAUGAUGCAUAAAUAACUUUUUCUCACUCUCCAUUGUCUAGUCAUGCUGUCUAUUUUUUUCUUCACAUUGACUGAUAAAUUAUACACCCUU